AUGGACGGAGGAAAUGCUGACGGCACCAGGCCGCCGCGGCAACACAUUCGACCAAAGAAAAAGAAACCUAUAACCAACCCCCUAGUCAAGGGCAUCCAUGCUUUCUGCAAGAAACAUGAUGACCUGGUUCAGAUCAUUGAAGAAGAUUCGGAUUCGGACACGCUCUUAACUGGCAGUCCCUUGAGAUCGUUACAGCGCCCCUUCUCCCUCUCAUGCCGUGAUUUUCCAAAACGCUACACCAUCUAUGCCCCAUUGGUUCUCCUCCCAGCUAAUUUCUCUACACAUAACCCCCGAUGGAGAGAGUUCUACAAUGGUCUACUAUCUGAGUCCGAGAAGGCCGACUUGUUUGAAUGCAUUGCCGAGAAAGGCUUUGCAGGGUCCAGCCCUGGACUGAGAGCGGAGGAUAUCCGAAUCGCAAUUAGUGCACCGAUUGCCGCCGAGGAAGAUGAUGUUGGACACGAAGUCGAAGCCGAAGACCAAAAAUUGUCAGAGACUGUCGGACCUGACUCUGCAAAACUGAGUUCGGCCAGUUCCGUUGGGGACUUGGAAACAACGGCAACGAGGCAGGAGGCUAUAGCAGUGCAAAAGCAACAGCAACCUCCAAGGCCUGCGCGCAAACAGAAUGUUAUUCGCAGUCCCUCUGGCCUAGUCCCCGUUUACGGCGACUGGGGUCCGAUGCUUGGACCCGCAACAUCAUUACAAUCCUGUAAUUCGGACAGGACACGCAUGACAAACCAAAGCAAUCCAACCCGCCGGGAUUUUGAUGAGGCGUUCUGGACAUCGGUGUCACAACAUCGAGGAAUCACACAGUGCUGGGCACCGCUGUACACGAUGUUCAGUAGGGGGAAUGUUUCUGAAAAGGCGCGGAUUCUGGGACUUGACACAUCUCCCUCAACGGCAGAGUCAACACCGGCAACGAAAUCAGCUUCUCAGAGCCAGAUCCAAUGCCAUUUCCCGGGCCUCACAUCCGCCGAACUCGGUCAACCGCUCUCCACAAUCGAUGUCAUGGACUUUUAUGUGGGAAUCGGCUAUUUCGCAUUCUGCUACCUUGCGAGGGGCGUCCGACGUGUUUGGGGCUGGGAUAUCAAUCCCUGGAGUAUUGAGGGGCUGAGACGAGGCUGUGAGAAGAACGGAUGGAGUUGCCUAGUUGUCCAGGUUGACGACGACAGUGGAAAUCUCUCACUUGUGGAAGCGGAAGGCAGCAACAGCAACCCUAAAAGCUGUGGACAGCCUGAGAAUGUGGCCAGGGAAAUAGCUGUAAGAAUUCUUCAGGGCGAUCGAACUUGUACCAGCACCCGGGACAGUUCGUGUAGAUCCAAGAUGCGCUCGACAGCGCAAAAUCAAAAUCCCGAGAUCAGGUGUAUCGCCUUUUUAGGUGACAACAAAUGGUCAGCCAAGGUCAUGGCUGAGAUUGGGCGGGAGCUUGAUGUUCUCCGCCAGGAUAGACUGGACUCGGGCGUGAAUCUGAAUGUCCGACAUGCUAAUCUAGGCUUGCUGCCCACUUCUCAAGGCAGUUGGGAGAAUGCUGUCAGGGUUCUGAUCAAGAACGACAGCAAUGGCAAGGGGGCAAAAGACGAGGAAAGCAAUGAGAGCAAUGAUGACAAGACGAGGGGAGGAUGGUUGCAUGUGCAUGAAAAUGUUGACAUUCGCGAAAUUGAGGCCAUGAAGGAAAAGGUUGUUCUCGACCUCCAAAGCAUUGUUGAGCAGCUUUCCAAGUGUGAACAGGCAGCUGAAGAAGAGACUGCCACUGGAUCGGAGACCACACCUUUGGCAUGGUCUGUCUCGUGUGUCCAUAUUCACCAAGUCAAGACCUAUGCGCCGGGCGUCAUGCACUGUGUGUUUGAUAUCCAUAUCUUCCCAGACAGCAAUGAAAACCCCAAUGGAUGA